AGAGGGAGAGGGAGCGGAGCGGAGUGGAGUUUGCGGGGAGGGAGGGAGGAAAGGAAAGGAGAAAGAAGGAGUCAGAUAGGUAGCGCUCGUCAGUCCAUUCGCGAGCUCGACAUCAGGCUCCGGAGCUUUCUGGACGUGUAACCCCCGUCUGUUGUCGAGCCUUAGCUUGGUCGCCGAUCUCGGCGAUUAUUGAAUCGUUAGCGGGAGGUUUCCCUACCCCCAGCCUCCCUCUCUAGGCCGGACUCUGUCUGUCUAUCUGUGUGUGUGUGUGUGUCAGUGAGUGGCGGUUGGUUGCUGUCAGCCUUCCCCCUCCCCUCUCUCUCUCUCUCGCUGUUGACAUGGCGCGCCUGGUUGCCGUCUGCAGAGACGGGGAGGAAGAGUUCCCCUUCGAGAAGAGGCAGAUCCCCCUCUACAUCGAUGACACCCUAACGAUGGUAAUGGAAUUCUCUGAUAAUAUGUUGAACCUUGACGGUCACCAGGUCAACAGUGCACAACUGAAACAAUUUAUCCAGCAACAUGGCAUGCUCAAGCAGCAAGACCUUAAUAUUGCUAUGAUGGUGACAUCCCGUGAAGUCUUCAGUGCACUUUCUCAGCUUGUUCCAUGUGUUGGGUGUCGACGCAGUGUGGAACGACUUUUUUCCCAGCUAGUAGAAUCUGGUAAUCCAGCUUUGGAGCCACUUUCAGUGGGGCCCACAGGAGUUCUUUCGGUAACUCGUGCUUGCAUGACGGAUGCAAAAAAACUGUUCACAUUAUUUUACGUGCACGGGUCUAAACUAAAUGAGACUAUUGAUGCAAUUCCUAAAAGUAAAAAGAACAAAAGAUGUCAGUUACAUUCGUUAGAUACGCACAAGCCAAAACCUUUAGGGGGUUGCUGGAUGGAUGUGUGGGAGCUAAUGUCUCAAGAAUGUAGGGAUGAAGUAGUAUUAAUUGACUCCAGUUGUCUUUUGGAAACACUAGAGACUUAUCUACGGAAACACAGGUUUUGCACUGAUUGUAAAAAUAAAGUGCUACGAGCGUACAAUAUUCUCAUUGGAGAAUUGGACUGCAGCAAAGAAAAGGGUUACUGUGCAGCUCUCUAUGAGGGACUACGUUGCUGUCCCCAUGAACGACACAUUCAUGUUUGCUGUGAGACUGACUUCAUUGCGCAUCUUUUGGGUCGUGCUGAGCCAGAGUUCGCAGGAGGGUAUGAGCGCAGGGAGCGACAUGCAAAAACCAUAGACAUUGCACAAGAAGAAGUCCUUACAUGUCUUGGUAUUCAUCUGUAUGAACGCUUGCACAGAAUUUGGCAGAAGUUACGUGCUGAAGAACAGACAUGGCAGAUGCUCUUUUACCUUGGCAUUGAUGCAUUGCGCAAAAGCUUUGAGAUGGCAAUUGAGAAGGUGCAAGGUAUUAGUCGAUUGGAGCAGCUUUGUGAGGAGCUCUCUGAAGAGGAGAGAGUUCGAGAGCUUAAGCAAGAAAAGAAACGCCAAAAACGGAAGAACAGACGUAAAAAUAAAUGUGCCUGUGAAAUAUCUGCCCAACUUCAAACUCCGGGAGAAACUAAACCCCAAGAGGAGACAACAUCAGAGUCAGUGGAAAGUAGCUGUAAAGACUGUGGCAGCAUUGAAGAUGCAAAUGGUAGAGUUGAAGUAAUUGUUACAAAUGAAAGUACAUCAUGUACAUGCCCUGGCAGUGAAAAUCUACUUGGAUCACCUAAAACCAAGAAAGGUUUAUCUCCACAUUGUAAUGGCAGUGACUGUGGUUACUCAUCAAGCAUGGAAGGCAGUGAGACAGGUUCCCGAGAAGGAUCAGAUGUAGCUUGUACUGAAGGUAUCUGCAAUCAUGAUGAAACAGGUGAUGACAGUUGUGCACAUCAUUGUGUAGAAGACAAAGAGGAGGAUGGAGUGGACAGUUGUGUAGAAUGCUGGGCUAAUGCUACUGAAGAGAACACAAAAGGCAAAAACAAGAAGAAAAAGAAGAAAGGCAAAGGUGCAAAAUGUGACGAUGGUGAAUGUACUGGAGAUUGUAACAUAGAUCUCAACAGACAAGAAAAUCUGGGUAACACUUUUCAUAAUGAGUUACACCAUGAAAAAACCAAAGAUAGCUGUAAUUCAAUAGAGAAGGAUGGUCAACAGCCUGCUUGGGUAGCACAGAUUCUGUCAGAAAAGCAUUUUGCACAAUCUUCACAAACUCCAUCACCAUGUCUGCCUGACUGGGGAAGAGGCACAAAAACCUUAAAGGAACUACUUGAAGAAUCUGAAUGUACUUCUGAGGAAGAGAUUUUCAUUACCCAAGAUGAAAUUCAGGCAUUUAUGACUAAUAAUCAGUCUUUCUACAUCAACCGAGAACAAUACCGGCAACAUCUGAAGGAGAAAUUUAACAAAUAUUGUCGCUCCAAUGAUUACAAUGUCUGCAAUGGUUGGCUGACGACAGCUGGUGUAAACUAGCAAAGAAAGCUUGAAACAGAAGCUAUCCUUUUCUACACAAACACACUCAAUGACCACUGCGCCUUCUCUCAAUCUUAAGAAAUAUAGAUUUUUGUUUCCUUUAAAAAUAAUUUUACCUUGAACAAUUGGUGGUGUGGUUUAUUUUAUUUUUCUUUCUACACUCUCCCAGGCUGGUGGUGGGGAGCACAUUUUUGCUCAUCUGCUUUCUUGAAGCUUAUGCAGUAUUCAGCCAGAUGUCUGCAAAAGCUUACUUAUACUUUUCAACAAAGCCUCUCCUCUCCCACUCACUAAAUGUUUCUCUUUACUGUGAGAAUUAUACAAAUGUCUAGUGACGAGAGAUGUCCUACCAAUAAAUGUGUACAGAGAAAAAUGAAACUUCUGAUUUAAGGUUUUACAAAAGACAUCCAUUUAAAAUGAUGUUUGGAUGUAAUAUGUACAAGCGCAAUGUGCAGAAUUUACAAAUAAAGAAUAUUUAUUGAUAUGCA